AUGGAGUUUAUUGAGGCCGAGACUCAGGAGUCCGAGCACAGAGACCAAAAGACGGAGGAGUUGGUGAACAAUUUUGAGGAUCAAGUCGGCAAGGUGUAUUCGAACAUCGAAUCCCAAACCGUCUCUGGCUGGAACACCUUCAGUGAGUAUUUGAGCAAUUUCCAGAAGAAGUUGCCAGAUCUUCUGACAGACACUAAGGAGAUCACCAAGAAAAUUGAUUUGCAAAACAGGAUCAAUGCCACAAAGGAGAAUUUUGAAAAGAACCUGGCCAAGGUGCAAAGUAAACUCAACGAGGAGGAAUUGAAGGAAAUCAAGGAGAAUUCUGCCAAGCUGCUGCAAAGUUUCAAUGAGAAUACCAACAAAUAUCUUGAUGGACUAGACCAGGAUCUAGAGAAGCUUGAGAACCUGACGCUGGGGUAUGCUACUAAGCUUGGAAGUCUGCUUGCCGAUAAGACGGGUAUUAGAUUUGGCAGUGAGGAGGUGAGUGGCGCGAAAAAGGACGAAAUCAUGUUCAAUAUGCCGCAGAACCUUGCCACAAGCAGACUCGAGGCUCAAUUGCACGAGCUGGAAAACAACAAAGAUCUGUAUCUGACGAACUGGAAUAGUGAGAGUGUCAAAGAUUACGUGCUGACUGCAGAGGACGAGGCCGAAAAGAAACUUCUUGCUGCAAAAGAGAGCUUGAAAAAGCUGAUCGACCAGCUUGUUCCUGACCAGAUCGAUGAACAAGUGUUCUGGAAAACCUAUUUCUCCAGCAAAGCCAAGAUCCUAGAAGAGGAGAAAAAACGGAAGGAAAUACUGCAACAGAAGCCUGCUGACGACGAUGAGGACUUUGACUGGGAUGACGACGAAGAGGAGGACAAAAAGGAGGACGACAACAAAGAAUAA